AUGCCUAAGUGGAGUGCUAAUUUGAAUCAUUUAGCAUACGCAAAUGACACAAUUAUUUUUUGUUCAACCCAUGAUUAUUCUUUGGGGAAAAUCGUGGUUGUCUUGCAGGAUUAUGAGAAGCAAUCUAGACAAAAAGUGAACAAAGAGAAGAGCUUUUACUAUUUGCACCAGAAUGUAGGAGUUGGUAUUUCACUUCAAGUGGAACAAUGUACGGGAAUGAGUAGAGGUUCUUUUCCUUUGAAAUAUUUGGGGUGUCCUAUCACUCACUUGAGAAAAAGGAAAGAACACUACACUGAUCUGUUUGAUAGAGUAAGAGGGAAACUUCAAGCAUGGAAAGGAAAGAUGCCUUCAUUUGGUGGUAAAGAAGUUCUUCUCACUAGUGUUCUUCAAAGCAUCCCUAUUUAUGUUCUUUCUGCUAUCACACCUCCUAAAUGUGUUAUUAAGGAAUUGCACAAGAUCUUUGCUAAAUCUUUUUGGAGUAAUAAGGAAUCAGGUGAAGUAAGCAUUGGAUUGAAUGGAUUAAGGUUUGUUUGCCAACAGGAAGGGGGUCUAGGUUUUAGAUCUAUGUUUGAUGUUUCUCAGACAAUGUACGCUAAACUCUGGUGGAGAUUUAGGACACAAAAUUCUUUGUGGUCUAACUUCUUAUGGAAUAAGUAUUGUAAGAAACAAAUUCCUACUUCGGUACAAUGUAAAGGGGGUUCUCAGGUUUGGAAAUACAUGUUGGAGAAUAGGGAGCGCUUAGACAAUUCUUGUGGUGGGAACCUAAAGGAGCUAGGUGAAGAAGCAGAUAAGCCUUGCUGGACUAAGUCUAGUAGAGGAAAUUUUCGAGUUAAUUGA